AUGGAAAACGGCCGGGUGGUGAAGCUCGAGUUGCAAGAGUGUGGACUGACCGGAGCGGUGCCGGCGGAGAUCGGGCAGCUCACGUCGCUGGUGAGGUUGGAGCUCGACGGCAAUCAGCUGACGAGCCUGCCGGCGGAGAUCGGGCAGCUCACGUCGCUGGAGGAGUUGUACCUCGACGAAAAUCAGCUGACGAGCGUGCCGGAGGAGAUCUGGCAGCUCACAUCGCUGGUGAGGUUGGACCUCGACGGCAAUCUGCUGACGAGCGUGCCGGCGGAGAUCGGGCAGCUCACCUCGCUGGAGACGUUGUUGCUCUACGACAAUCAGCUGACGAGCGUGCCGGCGGAGAUCGGGCAGCUCACCUCGCUGACGGUGUUGGGCCUCGACGGCAAUCAGCUGACGAGCUUGCCGGCGGAGAUCGGGCAGCUCGUGUCGCUGAAGGAGUUGUACCUCAACGGCAAUCAGCUGACGAGCUUGCCGGCGGAGAUCGGGCAGCUCACGUCGAUGGAGGGGUUGGGCCUCGACGGCAAUCAGCUGACGAGCGUGCCGGCGGAGAUCGGGCAGCUCACGUCGCUGGUGGAUUUGGACCUCGGCCGCAACAAGCUGACGCGCGUGCCGGCUGCGAUACGCGAGCUCAGAGUGGCGGGCUGCGUCGUGAGUCUGGAUGUCGGCGUGACGGUGGACGCUUAG